AUGGAAACCAAAGUAGAAUUCACCGAAAAGCUCGACAGAUUAACCUGUGCGACAUUGUUGAUAGAAACCGUUAAGUAUUUGCUUUUUCAUCGAUAUCAAAUGCCUUUGCCAUUCGACCAACUCAAAGCCGAAGAUGAGCGCGACAGGAAGUUGGAAUAUGCAAGAAGAUCGCCCAGAAAUCGUCCCCUUCCUUCAGUGUUGAAGAAAAAACGGCAACUUAUUGCCGACAUGGAAGAGUUAGUGCUCAAUUUAUACCAACGCUGUUUACAAGUUGAGAUUUUUGAAGUGCUUUUGUUGUUUGGGGCAACGGUUGUCAACCCCAAAGAAAUGUACUCAAUACGAUUUUGUAAUAUUGGCGAGACAAGCGAGGCAGAUCGAGUAAAGGCAGAGUGUGCAUCAGGCAAGGAGAAUGGCUUAAAUUCACGCUCAAAAUUUGUCGAUAAGUGCUGUCGGAAGUUGGCAAGGACGUUGUUUACCGAUCCAUCUUUAAACGAGCGAGGAGAAUUAGGUUGUACUUCAAUUCAUUGUUUCAUUUUGGCUUCGAGAAAUUUGGAUACGACUUGGUUUCGACCCAAAUUUUCUUUUAAAGUGCCAAAAAAAGGAAAAUCUUGUGAAAUAAGGAUAUAUAGUGACAGUGAUGGUCACAUGGGUAUAUUAAAUGGUAAUGAUGGUGAAAUAAGGACAUUGCAGGGUAAUGAUGGUCACAUGAGGACAUCGGAUGGCAAUGUUGGGAUACUUGAGGGUACUGAUGGUGAACAGGAUACACUCUGGUUUCAAGCACCAGUUGUCAUCAAAGGAUACAAAGAGACAUACAAGGAAACUGUGGAGUCUAGCAUGUGGAAAAAAUGA